GCUAUCGGAGCCCACCUCUCCCCCUCUCUCCUCCUCCCGCUGCCAUUGGUCGGAGCGCAGCAGGCUCCGGUGCCGACGAUGCUUUGAAAGGGGGGAGUAAACAGAGAGCGCACGUCUCUCCCGCUGCGCGCACACUGCACGCACGGCGAAAGUGGAGUGAAGAUGCUGGUCCCCCCUCGACCGGCAGCCCAGUCCGCCAGCCGUCCUCUUGUCCCCCUGAUUGUUUUUCUGCUGCCAGCCCGUCACGCUGCCUCUGUGCCCGCUUUACGUGAGGAAUCCGGAGCGGCAGCAGGGGGAGGCGAAGGGAGACGCGAGGGAUCCGGAGAGCCGUCACCUCUAUAGCGCAUCAGUGGGGAGCUAUGGAUGCGCGGACAAAAGGACGCUUUCUCUUCGCCGUGGGCCUCCUGUGUGGGUUUUACUGGCCGGCAUCAGUCACCUCCAAAGGCGCCCCGGCUGGCCAGGCCGACACGCUGCCCUCGGCGCAGGGCACACUGCCGCACUUCAUCCAGGAGCCAGAGGACGCCUACAUCGUGAAAAGCAAUCCCAUCAAGCUGCGCUGCCGAGCCACGCCCGCCUUACAGAUCUUCUUCAAAUGCAACGGGGAAUGGGUGCACCAGAACGAACACACGUCCCAGGAGUAUAAAGACCUCAACACCGGGCUGAAGGUGCGUGAGGUGAUGAUCAAUGUGUCCCGCCAGCAGGUGGAGGACUUCCACGGCCCCGAGGACUACUGGUGUCUCUGUGUGGCCUGGAGCCACCUUGGCACCUCCAAGAGCCGGAAGGCAACUGUCCGCAUCGCCUAUUUGAGGAAAAACUUUGAGCAGGACCCCCAGGGGAAGGAGGUGCCCAUCAACGGGAUGAUCGUUCUGCACUGUCGCCCUCCAGAGGGAGUGCCAGCAGCGGAGGUGGAAUGGCAGAAAAACGACGAGCUGGUGAGUUCACUGACCGACGACCAGCUGGACACCCGGGCCGACUACAGCCUCAUCAUCAACGAGGCGCGCUUGUCCGACUCGGGCAACUACACGUGUCUGGCCAGCAACGUCGUAGCGAAGCGUCGCAGCGCCACGGCGCCUGUGAUCGUCUACGUGAACGGCGGCUGGUCGCUGUGGACGGAGUGGUCGGCGUGCAACGUGCCGUGUGGGCGGGGCAUCCAGAAACGCUCCAGGACCUGCACCAACCCGGCGCCGCUGAACGGAGGCGCUUUCUGCGAGGGCAUGUCCGUGCAGAAGAUCACCUGCAACUCGCUCUGCCCAGUUGACGGCGGCUGGGACGAGUGGAGCGAAUGGACGGCGUGCAGCAGCCAGUGCGAACGGCAGCGGAGUCGGGAAUGCAACUCCCCGGCGCCCAGACACCGAGGCAAGACGUGCGAAGGGAGCGGCAAGGCGACCGAGAACUGCACAGACGGACUGUGCACCCAGAAUCGAAAGCUGCUACAUGAUGUUAAACCUCAAAACAUAGAGAGCUCCAUCGACGUGGCUCUGUACUCGGGUCUCGGAGCAGGAAUCGUCGCCGUGGUAAUCCUGGUUGUGGCCGUCAUGCUGUACAGGAAGAGCCACAGCGACUAUGGCGUUGAUGUCAUUGACUCUUCGGCUCUCACUGGGGGUUUCCAGUCCUUCAACUUCAAGACGACCAGACAAGGCAACCCGCUUCUUCUCAACUCCUCGAUGCCGCCCGACAUGACGGUGGGACGGACGUACAGCACGCCGCUCUGCUUCCACGACGGCGCCGACAAGGAGCUCUUUGACCCGCUGCCGGACAUCAAAGUCAAAGUCCAGAGCUCCUUCAUGGUGUCUCUGGGCGUGGCCGAGCGCGCCGAGUUCCACGCCAAAGCGCCCGGCGAGUCUUACCCACAGGACCUCAGCUGUGACUUCUGCAGCACUGUGGACAAACGCAAGAAGGGCCCGCUGACGCUCAACGGGCCCCUGAGCGGCAGCAGAGAGCAGCUGAGGACCAGCGGCGUGUUUGGCCACGUUGGAGGCCGGCUGGUGGUGCCCAACACAGGGGUCAGCCUCCUUGUGCCUCACGGAGCCGUGGCUGAAAACAUGUCCUGGGAGAUGUGCAUGGUCAUCAAUCAGGGCGAGGCGAGCGCCCAGACACUGGAAGGCUGUGAAAUCCUCCUGGGCCCAGAGGUGACGUACGGUCCUUCAGGCCUGGAUCUCUUUUGCCCCGUUGCCAUGACCGUCGCCCACUGUGCAGAGGUGGAUGCUGAGAACUGGAACAUUCAGCUCAAGAGGAAAACCCAGGACGGCAAAUGGGAGGAAGUGAUGUCAGUGGAAGAGGAGUCCGCUUCCUGUUACUGCCUGAUGGAUUCGAGCAGCUGCCACCUGCUGCUGGACCAGCCGGGCUCGUACGCGCUGGUGGGCGAGCCGCUGACGCAGGCGGCCGUGAAGAGGCUGAAGCUGGCCGUGUUUGGGAGCGUGGAGGCGAGCGCCCUGAACUACAGCCUGCGGGUGUACUGUGUGGACGACACGCCGCACGCCUUUCAGGGAGUGGUGGCCGCCGAGACGUCCAGAGGGGGUCAGCUCCUUGAGGAGCCAAAGACGUUGCCUUUCAGAGCGAACACCUUCAGCCUCCAGGUGUCGAUCCAGGACGUCCCCCAGUUCCUGUGGAGCAUCAAACCCUUUACCACAUGUCAGGAAUUCUCCUUCCCUCAAGUGUGGUGCAGCAACCAGCAGCCCCUGCACUGUGCCUUCCAGCUGGAGAGAUACAGCCCCGCCGCCGCCCAGCUCUCCUGCAAAAUCAGCGUGCGACAGGUCAAAGGUCACGAACAGAUCCUGCAGGUCUACACGGCCGUGGCCGAGGGUGAGAAAGAGCCGGUUCCAUUUUUUAUGCAGACAGACUGCACGGUCACGUCCCAAACGGGGCCCAAGGCCUUCAAAAUCCCACUGUCCAUCCGCCAGAGGAUCUGCGCCACCUUUGACACUGCCAACGCCAAGGGCAAGGACUGGCAACUCUUAGCCCAGAAACUCCACCUGGACCGUAACCUGGGCUACUUCGCCAAGCAGCGGAGUCCCUCCGCUGUCAUCCUGAGCCUGUGGGAAGCUCGUCACCAGGACUCUGCCGACCUUGACUCUUUGGCCAGCGCCUUGGAGGAAAUUGGCAAAAUCCACUCCAAAAGCUCCCCAAAGGACCCGGAGGAAGCGGAGCCUGACCUCAAUCACAUAGAAGCGGGCGGUCUUUACGGCACGGCCAAUCCUGCGGCGGUUCCGGAGGGUGAGGACUGCGCUCCUGAAUACACGGGCUGAGAGAAAAGGUCGGCCGGCUCUAACUGGCAAACCAGCGCACGUGUGCAUGCGCGCACGACCGCUGACGAACAUGGCGCUACCCCUGCGGCGCGUCAGGAGGUUGUCUGUGAGCGGACAGUGGCAGCGGUCAGCGCGCCGAGCGAUCACAGCGGGCCGAGGUGAACCAGCUCCUGCUGUGGAUCUGCCCUUGUGUUUUAACGGAUCUGUGGACUGACUGUAAAUCUUUGUCAGCCUUUCCUCAGUUAUUAUUUUUGUUUUGCUUUGUUUUGAUUUUUUCUUCAGCUCUUUGCUUUAAGUUUGUCUUUUGAGUGUUCAUUAGUUUUGACUUUUGCUCAAAAUAUAAAGGAUUCUUUGUUUCUUUUAGGUUUUAUUUUUAAACACACCCUCUCCUUUUUAUCUCAACAAUGAAAAAGGACGUUUUCUAUGUCCAUCCUUUUAUCUUUUUUUUUUAAGCAGGAUAUUACUAACAUUGUUGUGAAAGUGAACUUUAAAAGCCAGAUACUGUAUUCAAAAGUGAUUCAUUUUCAUAUCCUUAAAAAAGCUAAAACGUCUGAAAACCCUACGUUUGCAUAAUCGUUUCCACCAAAGCAGCAUUAUCAGCAUUAAGCAACAUCAGAAUUUAAACUGGAGAUGGAUGAAAACAAUAAAAAUAACUGUGGCAUAAUGUGGAUGAAGAGGUUUGUUCACUGUGCUUUUAGUUUGUUACAGUUUGGGAGGAAGCUGUAGAACAUCAUUUCCUGUCUGGGGCGUCUUAUCACCUCAUUACCACCAUAAGCUCCCACAGCGGACCUCAUAUCAGGCACUGACACCUUUCGACUAAACCACCCAGCAAACACACACACACACACACACAGUGUAAACACUGUGACUUGAGAGGCCAUAUGUGAAAACAAUCUGACAGUGGAAUUCAAUAGUCACACAUGCAUUAAAGUCACAACAGCUUUAAGGUUGCAGAAACUAAAGAGGCUUUUAGUUUCUCAUUUAAAAAUGGCUCUAAAGUAUAAAAACACCAAAUCCAGAUGACAGAAAGAAGGAUGUAUUUGACUGAUUCCUGGAAUACUGCUAAUGUUAUUGCUAUUACGCUCUAAUCCAGAUGACACCCAUACGCAUUUCUGUUGUUUGGUAAAGGGCUAAAACAGAAAACUAGUAGUUCAAGAAAGCAUCAGAAGCACUCCACACCACAGCAGCGCGAGAAUGACUGGUAGUUAGCAAGAGCCUGGGCUUGAAGACUCAUCGGCUUAUCUGUGGAAAGGUUUUCUGGCUCCUGGUAAUUUACUUUAGCAGUACUGGAAAAUAACUGGUGAACAUAAUGACAAAUUGAAAAGGGUAACACAUGGUGUCUGAUGAACAUCAGGUGUUCGUAAAGAUCAUCCAGACAAACGAAACACCGCCAAGCCCUUAACGUGUGCUAAUGGAUUCAAAGAGUGGAACUCCUGGGGAUUUGUGACGUGUACCGUCAAAUUGGUACAAGUUAAUUGGUUAAUUAGUAUUAACGGCCAUCUGGUUCUUCUCAGCUCUCCUCUCAUCACAGUGGAGGAUGGUUGUUUAUGGCGCAGGUAAUUUCUGGUGCAAACGUUAGCAACCGGGUAAAAUCUACAACUUCAACAGAACUGCACGCCUCCAGCAAGCAAUUGUUUCUCAAUAGCCGAGGUUCCAGACACUCCGUACGAAGUAAAGCUUACUAGAAGUUAUUUAGUUCCUCACUUCCUCUAAUUUGGCAUAUGGUUGAAGAACCAAUAUAAUACAACUUAUUGUCUUGUUUUCUUUAAAAGAGAGAAACUUUUCUCUCCAUUUAUGUUCAGUUUAAAGUGGAUGAAGAUUUUAAAGUAAUCCACAUUUUUUUUGUGAAUCCACCAUGAGAUGAGCCAUGUUUUGUUUCGCCGUUUCCCUCCGCACCACAGCACUCACAGUUUUCCUUUUUGUACCUGCAGUUAUGAGGUUUUUGUCUAAGAACGUUAAAAGAAACCUAACUUUUGAAGUUUCUUUCUUUAUGUUGUUGUACCAAACAUGCUUAACGGACUCCAGCCAUGCUCAUGUAGAUCUGGUCUUGUUUUGAUAUUUUUUAUGCUACCAUUGUAUUCUCCUGCUGAUCAGCAGAAUCAUUUCACUACUUGUUUUUUUUUUUUUAAUGAAGGUAAGCUUUGUUCUAAUGACAGUAGUGUUUUUAAUCUAACCUGACUCCACAUUGAUGUUGUGAAGCUGCUGCCCUACAGAUGGGCUAGUCGUGACUAUAAUUUCCAUUCUGAGGAUAUUUUAAAUCCUGUUUUUUUUUUUUUUUUUUAAAUAACAGUUGCAUAAAACAUGCCGAGAAGCAUGUUUAUGUAAUAGACGGUAGUUUGAAGCCGAUAGGAACAUUUGGGUUUGUCCAACAAUCCACAGCUAGAUUAAAUGUGAGCUGAGCUAGCAGUUUCUCCAGAACCUGGGCUCACACCUGGACAGGCUCCUGUGUGACACCGGCAGGCUUUUGCUGAACCUUUCAUAGUUCCAACUAAAAUGAUACUUUGGAUUUUUCAAGCGGUUCUGUGAAGUUGUUCUCGGUAAUAAUUCCCUUACCUGUUGGCUGUAAAAUCAAACUACAAAAUUUCAUAUCAACAGUAUAUUAGGUGGUUUCACCCUUUCACAGGAAAAGACCUGUGGCAGGUCCAUCAAUUUUUUCAGCUAACAUCCAUGUUGUGACGCUAAUCUUAAGCUAGCUAGAGACUACCAACUGACCAUGAGUCCACCAGGAAAAGACCUGGGAAACCACAGCCAUGGCCCAUCUUCAAAGGCAUUCCAUAAUCAGCAGUCUGCUGAAAAACACUUUUGGCGUACUUGAAGUGUAUCGACACACCCAGCAGCAUCAACCAACACAGCUUUAGCAUAGCAUAGUGGCACCUUAUCAUCAUCCACCAGUGAGGAAUUGGAUCGUUUAUAUCCACAUUAUUCCGGGGACGUCGUCCUCUUCGGUUGUAGUUGUUUGAAAUGGCUAAAAAAGCAAAUGCAAGUGGUCAGUCAAGCUAGCCGUUAGCAUUUUGUUUUUGUGUUUUUACUGCAUUUAAAUUAUACAAGUCAUGACAAAAAAUAAACUGAAUGAAAAGAGCAAGAUUUAUUUUUGGCUAAUUACAAAGUUCAAUAAAAAGUCAGAUGACAAAACCACAAGAAAAAUCAAAGACGGAAGAAACAAAAUUUUGUUGCACCUUCAUUUACAUGACAGUGAAUGAGGUGUCUGCUUUUUCCCCUCAGAUAAGACCAACUAUUGAUAACGAACUUGUAACCGAUUAACUAUCUUGCAAUUUGAAAAGGUAAAAUCUUUUUCCACCCACAUCAACAUGUCCUGUGGCUAUUGCUGUUGUUUUAUUCCUUAUUUUUCCAGUGAAAAACGGCUCAUCUGCAUUAGGGGAAAUGUACCUCAGCUUCUCAUCAGGUGUUGCUUUGAACACAUCAAAGUAUUUCUGACCUGCUACUGUACAGUUGAGUGGUUGUUGUCCCGCUAUGCUGGUGAAGUCUCUUUAAUUUCCCGAAUCAUCUCUAUGCAUUUUAAACAGAUUAUAGAACUCCUUUUGGAUAAUUUAAGUGAAAAGUGUGUCUUUCGUGUUUUCUUUCCUUCCCUUCAAUCAGCUGUGACUGAUGUUUGUUAUUCCCGCGGGAUAAAAAGAGAGUUUCUGUAGGAGCUAAGCUGCCCCUUGCAUCAAGUGUCCAUGCCCCUUGUCUCCUGUCACACUCUGCGUCCCCCCCCCACCAGCCUGGACAUGUCCCAGUGACGUCUGCUGUGUCUCAUUAUAACCUGAAAGUGAUGCACACAUCCUCACUGUGUAUAACCCUGUGGUGUCAGAUAUAAUCCUGUUUCGUGGGAGGAAACGUUCACUGUCGUGUCAGCGGAGUUGGUUGGCCCCAUGCUCUUUGUUGCUACACGCAUGGCCUUCGGCUUCAGAUCACUAUUCUUGUGCCUUGUUUACCUACUGUAAAUGGUGAAUGUUGUAAAGUACAGGUGAUGGGAAGAACAACAACAAGACCGAAAAAGAACAAAUAAUCACGCUGACAUACAUUUAAAGGUAUUAGUUGAAAUGUAAAGACUAUAAUAUUGAAUAGGCUGCAGAGCUUUUCUAGUGCUGAACGUCUACGUUUGGUAACGCCAGGGCAGCUUUGUGGUACACUGUAUCUAUAAUUACGGACAUUUUGGAUGUUUUCUGUACAGUAGGAUUUGCAAAUGUAUAUGCAGCCUUUUGGAAAUAAAUGUACAGCUGAAAGAUCA